UCGCAUGCAGUUACUUGCCGAAUUCGUAAAAGAUUUCAUCAAAAUUUGCCGUAUUAAGUAAGAAUAGAGUCAGUUCUCACAUAAUUUAAAAAACAAAAAUCAUACGAAUUUAAAAUGAAAGACACUAGGCCAUUCCCUCCAUUGAAAAAUGACAAUUUGCUGCGUGCCGCACGUGGCGAAGUCGUGGAUCGCGUCCCAGUUUGGGUGAUGCGCCAAGCAGGACGCUACUUACCUGAAUUUCAGGAGCUCCGCAAGCUACAUGACUUUUUCACGGUUUGUCGUACUCCAGAGCUGGCCUGCGAGGUGACAAUGCAGCCGCUGCGGCGGUUCGAUCUGGACGCCUCCAUAAUCUUUUCGGACAUCUUGGUUAUACCUCAAGCAUUAGGAUUGACGGUGGAAAUGCACGCCGGUGUAGGUCCUGUGCUGCCCCAGCCCAUUCGCACGCCUGAGGAUCUGAAACGAUUAACUCCAGACGGUGCUCUGUCCCGGCUCAGCUAUGUGGGCGAUGCAAUAACGAUGAUGCGCCACAAGUUGGAUGGUCGUGUGCCUCUGAUAGGCUUCACAGGCGCACCAUGGACUCUCAUGGGCUAUAUGAUCGAAGGCGGCGGCAGCAAGACCAUGUCUAAGGCUAAGGCUUGGCUGUACGACUACCCGGAGGACUCAAAACUUUUGUUAAAUCUGCUCACAGAUGUCAUAGUGGACUAUCUGGAAAUGCAGGUGGCAGCGGGCGCUCAAAUGUUGCAAGUCUUUGAGUCAUCUGCCGAGCAUCUGACCAAGGACGAAUUUUUGGUCUGGUCGGUGCCCUUUCUGCGUCGCAUACGCGACGACCUGGUAGAUCGUUUAACCAAGAAAGCUGUGUCUACCGUGCCAUUAACGAUUUUUGCCAAGGGCGCUGGACAUUCGCUUAAAGAGCAAAGUGAACUCGGCUACGAUGUCAUUGGAUUGGACUGGACGGUGGAUCCGGUUGAGGCGCGUGCAGCAGUUGGACCUAAUAUAACACUACAAGGCAAUCUCGAUCCGCAGGAUAUGUACCGUGAUCCCAGUGAAUUACAUACGCUUACCACCGAUAUGGUUCACAAAUUUGGCAAAUCACGCUACAUUGCAAAUUUGGGUCAUGGCAUAACGCCACAGACACCCAUAGCUAGCAUGGAGGUACUCGUCGAUGCGGUGCAUAAAGCAUUGUAGAAUAGAAUUACGAUUGGUAUGCAAUAUCCGCAUAGUUGUAUUUACUUAUCAAAUACAAUUUUGCCUUGGGGUAGGGAAAUAAAUGUUAGUUACAAAA